CGCGCACAACCCAUAGUUAAAUUGCACUUUCUUCGUUCUCUCUCGCCGCCGUCACGCGCUAAUUUCACACACAGUAACGAUGGUCGGAGAGGAGAAGCGGCAUCAGAUGAUGCAGAAUUUGUUCGGCGACCAAUCGGAAGAAGAGGAAGAGGAGGAGGAGGUUGAAUCCGAGCACGAGUCCAAUCGCCAACCUGAUUAUGCCUCUGAUGAAGGGGAUGAAGGACCGGAUGCUGAAGGUGAAGCUGAAGGUGAAGGUGAAGUUGAAGGUCAAGGAGAGGCAGAAAUUGAGAGCGAGGGUGAACCUCAAGAUCUUGAUCCUUUACAAGGUGAGAGUGAGGGUGAGAGAGAUAAAAGCUCUCAGGAAUUGGAGAUAGGUAACCAAAGGGAACAAAGUCAAGAAAGGUAUUCGGAGAGUGAUGAUAAGGAGGAUUAUGACCAACGAGUUGUUACUAGUAGAAGACAUGAUGCAGUUGAAAGUGGGUCAGAACGAUCUGGAGAAAACCAAUAUGUUGCUAAUGAGGAUGACGAAGUGAAUCAGGCUAGGAGUCACAGUGUAUCUGGUGAUGAGAAAGACGAGGAUCAGUUUUUGCAGUCAGCCCCAGAGAUUCGUGAUGUUUUUGGAGACUCUGAUGAUGAAGAACAAGCAGAAUACAAAGUUCAGGAUCAGAUCGAAGAAGAUGAAAUUAGAUCCCCGAUUGAAGAUAUGGGGAAUUAUGAGAAAGAUUUGAGGCCAGAUGACAUGAUACCUGAUGAAGAUGCACCCUAUUACUCUGAAGAAGAGCAUAUUGAUGCUAGAACUAAAGAGAAACCAGUUGGUCCACCACUUGAGCUGGAAAUUCCUCUGCGCCCUCCUCCAUCUGAAUCCGACAAGAUGAAUAUGAUCAAAGUAUCUAAUAUAAUGGGCAUAGAUCCUACGCCAUUUGAUCCACAUACAUAUGUGGAAGAGGAUCAUUAUGAAACUGAGGAAUCUGGGUCAAAAAAGAGGAUAAGAUUGGAGAACAAUGUCAUUCGCUGGAGAAAGGUCAAGCAGCCUGAUGGCAGAACAACUAUUGAAAGCAAUGCUCGCUUCGUGGAGUGGUCAGAUGGUAGCAUGCAGCUACUUAUUGGAAACGAAGUGCUUGAUAUAUCUAAGCAAGAUGCACAGCAUGAACAGGCUCACCUUUUUAUGAGACAUGGAAGAAGCAUUUUCCAAUCCCAAGGGCGAAUUAUGAAUAAAAUGAGGUUUAUGCCGUCAUCCCUAGCUUCAAAUUCUCAUAGGCUGUUAACUGCUCUUGUUGAUUCGCGACACAAAAAGGUGUUCAAAGUAAAGAACUGCAUCACUGACAUUGACCCUGAGAGGGAGAAGGAGCAAAAAGAGAAAGCUGUUCAUCAAUCAAUUAAAGCUAAUGAACUUCUUAGCCGGAAGAAGGAGAAGGUCAAUCGUAAGUAUACACAGCCCAUCCGCAGGGAGCGCCAACUUUCUGCUGGUUUCUUAGAGGGUGCACUUGAAGAGGAGGAUGAAGAGUAUUAUGAACCACGCCGUUCUUCUGGUCGGCGUCGCUUUGAUGAUGACCUUGAAAUGGAAGCUCGAGCUGAGAAGCGCAUAAUUAAUGCAAAGAAGGGGCCAAAGGAUAUGCCUCGCAAGUCAACAUUCCAAGCUGCCAAAUCAUCUCGACGGCCAGUGGACUUCUCUGACAGUGAGAAAGAGGAAUCAGAGUAUGAAACCGAGGGGGAGGAAGAAGAAGGUUCACCACCACAUAGAAGGCAUGAGGAAGCAGAGCAAGACUAUGGGGAGGAAGAUGAAGACCUACAACAAAGAGAGCAAGAAGAAGCCUAUGACGAAUCAGAAGAAGAAGCUGAGGAGCCAAAGCAGAAGGUUAGGGACUCUGGAGGCAGCCUCAAAAGGAAGGGUAUUGAUUCUGAUGAGGAUUCUCCUCCUAGGAAAACUACUACUCAUCGCCGGAUGAAAAUGGUGUAUGAGAGUGAUGAGGACUAAAACAGGACUUAUGGCUAUUUAAGAAAGUGAAGCCGCAUCUUUUCUAUAAUCUUUGCGCGACUAUCAGAUGGCUCUUCCUGUUAAGAGGAAAUUUGUGGGGCAAACCACUCAUGUAUGUGCGUACUAUAUACUACAGUAUUAUUCUUGUUAUGGUUCAUGUCACUUUUUUUCUGCCAAAUUUUAAGCACAUUGUUGUAUGGAAUUUUUGGUUCUAAUUAUCUUUUAUAAUUGUAAAUGACUGGAGCUAUAUUUAUAUACCUGCUUGAAGUAAAUUUUUGGUCCUAAA